AUGGACGCUUACGGCGUCCGACGCAAGGACACCACCAAGGGUCCGCCUCUGCGGAUUCUGUCUCUCGACGGUGGUGGUGUCCGUGGCUAUUCCAUGCUCAUCAUUGUCCAGGAACUCAUGCACCGCACCUAUGUCGAGGCCCACGGCCGCGCCCCGCGCCGCCACGAGAUCCCCAAGCCCUGCGACCACUUUGACCUCAUUUUCGGCACCGGCACCGGCGGUCUAAUCGCCAUCAUGCUCGGCCGUCUGCGGCUUGACCUCGAGACGUGCAAAGAGCUCUACGUCCGCAUGACCCGCAUGGUCUUCCAGACCGACAAGACCAUUGCCGGCAUCCCGUACCGGUCAACCCUCUUCAAGGCCAGCAAGCUCGAGGAGGCCAUUCGCCAGGCCGUCCGCGAGCACACCGUCAACGAACAAGAAGGAAAUGACGGCGAAUCGGACGAACCCAUCAUCAACCUCUACUCCCCCCGACUCUCUACCUCGUCUGGCCCGCAGCGACAUCUCAGCAAUGCCAGCACGGUCAGCUUCAGCGCGCGCAGCCCAACGGCGCAAGCGGCGCGGCCAUUUAUCAGCUCCAGAAUGGGCAAUGGCGACGCCCGAUUAUACGACUCGCGAGAGAACCGCACAAAAACUGCCGUCACAGCCAUGUACAAAGACUCUCCACGCCGCGCCGCGCCCGUCAUUCUCCGAUCCUACGACUCGCGCCACGAACCGCCUCCCGAUUUUGACUGCAAAAUCUGGCAAGCCGGCCGCGCCACGUGCGCCGUUGGCCUCGCUUUCAAGCCCAUCCAGAUUGGCCAGUCGAGCUUCCACGACGACGGCGUCGGCACCUUCAACCCGGCCCCCGAGGCGCUCGACGAGGCCGUUGUCAACGAGUGGCCUGGGCGCGACGUGGGCGUCUUUGUCAGUGUCGGCACUGGCAAGCGCCCGCGCAGCAGCGAUGGCAGCAAUCAGCAGGUUUGGUACGAGGGCUUCCUGGGCGAUUUCGCCGAGGCGCGGCGCCGGCUCAUCGCCAAGAUCGAAGGUUGUGAAAAGAUUCACGAGUUUAUGCUCCGCGAGCACCUUGCCCGGCGCAACGUCAACCCGGAAAACUACUUUCGCAUGAAUGUUGAGAUUGGCGUCGGCGAGUUUGGCAUGAAUGAGUGGCAUCGGCUGGGGGAUAUCAGCACCGGCACGCGCCGCUACAUGGCGCGCGACGAGGAGCAGCGUAUGAUUCUGGGCAUCUCGUCACGCCUGGCCAAAGUGCACCGCGCGCGGCAGCGCCUUGAGCGACAGGCCAACUCGAUCCCGGAAGUCGUCAAGCAGCAGCCAUCCUCGACCAGCUUUGACGUGUCCUUUGCCGUAGAGCUUCCCGGUGACAUGCCCAGCGCGUUCCCGCCGUCGCCCCGGAGCGCCCUCUCGCGGGCCUCGUUUGACUCGGGCCGGCCCGACAGCCUGACCGUUGGCAACACCCCCCCGACGCGGGGUGGCGCGCCGUCCCCGCGGAACUCGUACGACGCGCGCCCCGGCGGCGCGGCGAGAUACCCGCCAACCGCAUCGCCGCCGCCGCCGCCAUCACGCAGCAGCAACCGCAGCGGCAGCGGCACGCCGAGCAACAAUGACCCGGACCGGCUGCUCGCCACGGCGCCCUCGCCGUCGCAGUACAGACACUCUGCGGGCGCGGACAAGAUUGCGAUAAUGAGCCCCGACGAGCACGCGUGCCCGCUGCCGCCCACGCCGCGGUCGGCGCCCCCGUCGACGCGCAUCGAGCCGCCGCCGCUCCCGCCCAAGACGCCCCUGCCUGGGCAUCGGGUGACGAGCAGUCAUGCGAGCAACGGCCACGCGCUGCCGUAUCCGACGGAUGACGAGGAGGAAGCGCCGCCGCCGCCGGUGAAUAUGGCGCGGAAACCAGAAUACCGGGGUUGA